AUGGGCUCUCCAGAUGGUCUUAUACCCGAUAACCAAGAAGACGUUUUGUCUCCUGUAAGUUACAGGAAAUGCAAGCUGACAAUUGGGGAUGAUAUGAAGGAGCAUAGUGUAAUGCUUUAUGCUAUUCAAAGACUCCAAUCAUUUAUAAAAUUGGAGAUUGACCCUGACUUUUCAGACAAUGAGUCAUCUCCUGUUGGAGAUGAUAAUGACACUCCUCAACCUUCAUCAGAGAACAAUCUGGAGCAUGAAGUUGCUCAGCUUACAAAGCUGAGAUCAGCACACCAUAGAAGGUUGAAACAAGUUCUUCCACGGAGGCCUGAAUUUCCAGUUUCUCCGGUGAAGAUGUUAGCUGGUAGAGAAGGGAAUUACUCUGGUAGAGGGAGGUUCACUGCAGCCGAUCGCUGUCAUCUUCUAAAUAAAUACUUUCCUGUUAAAGGUCCUUCUAUAGUUGACCAGUUGACCACCCGGGCUUAUGUCUCACAGUUUUCAGACGAUGGUUCCCUUUUUGUUGCUGCAUUUCAGGGAAGCCACAUUAAAAUAUAUAAUGCUGAAAAAGGAUGGAAACUUCAGAAGAAUGUUCAUGCCAAAAGCUUGCGGUGGACGAUUACUGAUACAUCUCUUUCACCAGAUAAGCGUUUCCUGGUUUAUGCCACUAUGUCUCCUAUUGUCAACAUAGUUAAUAUUGGAUCUGCUGCAACAGUCUCAUGCAAACAUCACGGAGAUCCAUGA